AACCGUUACACUAAUAUCUUGCCCAAUCCACGCACUCGCGUUCGCCUUGAGGAUGAGUAUGAGCCGUGGACCUCCGUCAGCACUUACAUCAAUGCCAACUACAUAGCCGGGUAUAGUAGCCAGCCGCGCGAGUACAUUGCUGCCAUGGGACCGCUGGACAACACGAUUGAGGCCUUUUGGCGCAUGGUCUGGAUGGUCAAAUCGCCAGCGAUUGUCAUGACCACUCCCAUGAUGGAGCAAGGCCGGGUCAAAUGCGCCCGAUACUGGCCGACCGUACGCUACAACGAGGCCAAGAAAGUGGGCGAUCGUAUCUACGGCCACAUCUCCGUGGCCGUUUGCAGCGGUGAACAGCAUCCAGGUUACAUUCUGACCCACAUCCGGCUUCGCAAGGGGAAAGAAGAACAGUUGCUGCGCCACUAUUGGUUCCAAAACUGGCCCGACCACGGCGUGCCUUCAGCUGAGGGUGCCCACCAAGUCAUUGCCAUGAUGCAAAAUGUCCGCGCCUUUUGCGAGGAGCAGCGGCAAGGCCCUCCUAUCGUGCACUGCAGCGCCGGUAUCGGACGCACCGGCACCUUUAUAGCAAUCGAUCAAGCCGUGCGCUGCCUCGAGGAGACCGGCGAGGUGGAUUGCCUGCAAAUCGUGGCCAAUAUGCGCAAGCAUCGCGGUGGCAUGGUGCAGCACCCUCAGCAGUAUGAGUUUAUC